AUGCCGUUGAACAAGCUGACCAUGAGUGCAACGAGAGAUCACAGACGGCACAAGGAUACGAAAAUCGGCAAGCUGAGGACUUCGCCGAGGGGUUCAGUAUCGCUUUCGGCAAGCAGCAGCAGCUGUGCCAUAUCCGGGGGUGGUGAUAAUCAUAAUCACAAUAAUAACAAUUAUAAUUAUAAUAAUUAUAAUUAUAACAGCAACGAUGGUACGGAUAGUCCAAGCGGAGGCUCUGUGAUGCCUGUGCUCCAGAGGAGUACCGGUGAUGCAAAGCCUUACCGUCACAGCUUCAGCAACUUUGGGAACAUUGAGACGAAGGAUGCUGGCGUGUCCCACAGAGCACGGUUCAACAGACGCGUAUCGAGUUUCACGUCUUCAUCUUCGCCGUGGGCAAGACGCCGUUCAUUCCUCUCAUCGACUAUGAUAUCGGACGAGAAGCAUUUGGUGUAUGAACUUCACUCUGGACGGUUCUUCAACGAUGUACCGAUGUACUCGAUUUCGCUAAAGGAGUCCCAGGGCUUCACGUGGAAUCAAGACUUGUUUGCGUCCCAGUACCAGCAACAGAGUGCAGUGCUGUAUGAUACUGAGGAGGACACGGAUAACGAAGAUGCGAUAAUGAUGGAGGAUGACGAUGAUGAUGAUGCUCAUGAUGAUGACGAUGGUGAUGCUCAUUGCGAGUCAGGAACAUGGUAA